UCUUUCGCUCGCCCAAACGUGAACGUGUCAACUCAACGCUUUUGUUUUCCCUCGAGUUUUCCUUAAUUUUGGCCAUAAUCCGGACGAGAUGGUGGAUGACAGUACCCGGAAAACGCUGAGCAACAUUCCCCUGCUGCAGAUCCGCGCCGGGCCCCGCGAGAAGGACGUGUGGGUGCAGCGACUGAAGGAGGAGUACCAGGCGCUGAUCAAGUACGUGGAGAACAACAAACAGUCUGGGAGCGACUGGUUCCGGCUGGAGUCCAACAAGGAGGGCACCAAGUGGUUCGGAAAGUGCUGGUACAUGCACAACCUCUUGAAGUACGAGUUCGACGUGGAGUUCGACAUUCCAGUGACGUACCCAACCACCGCGCCGGAGAUCGCCCUUCCGGAGCUCGAUGGCAAGACGGCGAAGAUGUACCGCGGCGGCAAGAUCUGCCUGACGGAUCACUUCAAGCCCCUGUGGGCCCGCAACGUGCCCAAGUUCGGCAUCGCCCAUGCCAUGGCACUGGGUCUUGCUCCCUGGCUGGCCGUGGAGAUUCCGGACCUCAUCGAGAAGGGCAUCAUCACGUACAAGGAAAAGUAGUUGACUAAAGCAUAGAUGAAAUAACUGGAAACUGGCAACAAAACAAUGAACAAAGUUUGAUAUGAAAGUCA